AAAAACGGGGGAGGAGCGAAGGCAUCAGCGAGGCAUGAACCGAGAGGAGCUCUGUGAGAGGAGUACUCGCCUGUCCUGUGUGGACAAUUACCUAGGCGUCAAUAGACAGUAGACACAUUUUGGAUAUAUACGCAGCUAUACUACAAUGUACGCAGCCGCCGUGCUGUGAAGAAGACUCGUCCGUUGCUUCGCGUGUACUCCGGCUGGAUGGCCAGCUAGCACAACAAAGCUAGCAGCAACAAGAGCUGGCUGUGUUCACCGCCCGGCGAAGUGGAGAGCCCGAUGCAGGGAAUGGCAUGAGUUCACUCGGAUAGCCCAUUCACAAGAAACGAGGAAGACAGAUCAGAGUGAACCAGUCACUAUUUCUAUAACCGUUUUACUCACCGUUGUGAUCUGACAGACCCUGAAACAUGACGGUUGUUGGCGCUAUUGUAAUCCCCACCAUGGUGCAGAAGUACCAGUCACCUGUACGGGUGUAUAAGCAUCCCUUUGAGCUGGUGAUGGCGGCGUAUGAGCGGCGGUUCCCCACCUGUCACCUCAUCCCCAUGUUCGUGGCAAGUGAUAUAGUGGACGAGGAGGCCAGCGAGGAUGGAUCCACCCACAAGAUUGAGCGCCGCUGUGCGCUGGAUGUGGACGCCCCACGCCUCCUUAAAAGGAUUGCGGGGGUGGACUAUGUCUACUUCAUCCAGAGGAACACCCUGAACCGCAAGGAGAGGACGCUGCACAUCGAGUCCCACAAUGAGACCUUUUCCAACAGGGUCAUCAUUCAUGAAACCUGUUGCUAUUCGGUCCAUCCAGAGAAUGAAGACUGGACAUGUUUUGAGCAAACAGCCAGCCUGGACAUCAAGUCCUUCUUCGGCUUUGAGAGCACAGUGGAAAAGAUCGCUAUGAAGCAGUAUGCCAGCAGUAUCAAAAAGGGCAAGGAGAUCAUAGAGUUCUACCUUAAGGAGCUAGAGGACGAGGGGAUCACACACGUCCCCCGUUGGACGACCUCCUCCCUCCCCCUACCUCCACCCAGGCCCACCAGCCUCACCACUAGCCCACCUGUCCUCCCCAAGCCACCAGUCACCCCCGCCAUCGCCAUUCCGCUCCCUGCCGACGCUAAGAACAGCGCCACUCAGGAUGGCAACAAGGACGGCAGUGUUGUUCAGACAGACAGCCUGACAGAGAAUCAGGCUGGCACUCCCGAAGACAAGCUGGAUGCAGAUUACAUCAAACGCUACCUGGGUGACCUCACCCCGCUGCAGGAGAGCUGCCUCAUCAGACUACGCCAGUGGCUGCAGGAAACGCACAAGGGCAAGAUUCCUAAGGAUGAGCACAUCCUGCGCUUCCUGCGGGCCAGGGACUUCAACAUGGACAAGGCCCGGGAGAUCCUGUGCCAGUCUCUGACCUGGAGGAAGCAGCACCAGGUGGACUACCUGCUGGAGACCUGGACCUCGCCGCAGGUCCUCCACGACUACUACACUGGCGGCUGGCACCAUCAUGACAGAGAUGGUCGUCCUCUGUACAUCUUGAGACUGGGCCAAAUGGACACCAAAGGACUGGUGCGCGCUCUUGGAGAGGAGUCUCUGCUCAGACAUGUGCUGUCCAUCAAUGAAGAAGGUCUCAGACGCUGUGAGGAGAACACCAAGGUUUUUGGCCGACCUAUCAGCUGCUGGACAUGUCUGGUGGAUCUGGAAGGUUUGAAUAUGCGUCACCUGUGGCGACCAGGGGUCAAGGCCCUGUUGAGGAUCAUUGAGGUGGUGGAGGCCAACUACCCCGAGACGCUGGGACGCCUGCUGAUCCUGCGAGCUCCCAGAGUCUUCCCUGUGCUCUGGACACUGGUAAGUCCAUUCAUUGAUGAAAACACUCGCAAGAAGUUCCUCAUCUAUGCAGGGAACGACUAUCAGGGUCCUGGAGGACUGGUCGAUUACAUCGAUAAGGAGAUCAUCCCUGACUUCCUGGGAGGAGAGUGUAUGUGUGAGGUCCCAGAGGGCGGCCUGGUGCCAAAGUCGAUGUACCGGACACCUGAGGAGCUGGAGAACGAGGACGUCCGCCUGUGGACUGAGACAAUCUACCAAAGCGCUAGCAUCUUCAAGGGAGCUCCACAUGAGCUGCUUAUCGAGAUCAUCGACGCCUCCUCUGUGAUCACCUGGGACUUUGACGUGUGCAAAGGCGACGUGGUCUUCAACAUCUACCAUUCAAAGCGGGCCCCCCAGCCGCCCCGUAAGGACCCUCUGGGAGCCCAUGGCAUUACAUCCCCAGGUGGCAACAACGUCCAACUGAUUGACAAGUCCUGGACCCUGGGCCAAGACUACAGCAUGGUGGAGUCUCCACUCACCUGCAAGGAGGGAGAGAGUGUGCAGGGCUCCCAUAUAACCCGGUGGCCAGGUUUCUACAUCCUCCAGUGGAAGUUCCACAGCAUGCCGGCCUGCUCUGCCACCAACCUGCCCCGAGUGGACGAUGUGCUGGCAACCCUGCAGGUCUCCUCACACAAGUGUAAAGUCAUGUACUACACCGAGGUGUUGGGCUCUGAGGACUUCAGGGGUUCGAUGACCAGCCUGGAGUCAAGCCACAGUGGUUUCUCUCAGCUCAGCGCUGCCACAACUUCCUCCAGCCAAUCACAGUCCAGCUCCAUGAUCUCCAGGUAGAAACCAGAAGCAGAAGACUGCAACUUUGGACUACAAUCCCCACAACCCCCCUCCACUGCCCUUAUUAUCAACCCAAGCCAACUGUCUCUGCCCCCUCCUCUUUGGACUCUGUAUCCACUACACAGCCAGUCUCUGGAACUGAAGCAUGCUUGCACAAACAGAAGACAAAGAAUAAAAUAAUCUGCAGCAAAAAGAAAAUACAAAGACUGUGUACAAUUUAAAGGGCUGUUUUUUGCACAAAGGUCAUGUAUUUUUCUUGCCUGUCAUCUCUGCUGGGCAGCCGGUUGAAUCAGAACAUUAGCAGAACGUUUUGAUUGUUUGAGUCUUUUGUAGGGUGGAAGGCUAAAUGCGGGGAGAUUAAUUUUUGCCUUUGGGGCGCUGGAAGCGGGAAGAAGCAAUAUUCUCAUUUUGGGAACUGUGGGACCGGACGCAGAAACUGGAGGCUCUGUUACACACAUGCACACAUGCUCACAGACACACACACACACUAACAUAUACACACACACACAACAAUGACCAUAAACACAUUAUGUGCAUCGGAUGAAAAGACUGGAUGUGCUGUUACAUGCAAAUGCCACCACACGCACAGAUUCUUGAUGACAUGCAAAAAUCUACAGUGUUUGCCAUAUUACCAGAGGGGUUUGUUUAACCUGGUGAACUGUUUAUAGGUCAACUGUGGGUGGUUUGUGUAAACUCUUAAUAGACCUGGGUCAGAUAUCAUUUCCAAAUUUGUUUUUCAGCAGCAUAGAGUAUCAGUAUCAAGUGGGUGGCGUUUACUGAAUUUACGGCAAUACAGAUGGCAUCAGGGAAGUUGUCAGUCAGAGAAAAGGAUACUAAAACGGAUGCUCAAAUGCUUUGUUUUGGCUGUCUGAACUUUCUGGCAGUCAUGUUGUUGUCUUAUGUGGCAAACCUCACCUAUCUGUCUCAAUAGGGCUUUAUCAAACCAUGAAAAGCUGUUUGAACAUGCUAUCUGACCCGGGUCGGACUCUUAGCGAGGUAAUCCGCUAGAAGCAAUAACAAGUUUGAAUUUAUACUGUGUGAAAUAUUUCUAUUUAUCAUUAAGAUGUAUAUGGACUGUGGAGAAUCAUGGGUGCUCAGUGCAAAUGACCUUCCUGUUAAGGUGUGGACAGGCAGGCAGACAGGCAAACUGCUCCAGUGAACAAUUUCUUUUUUAAUGUAAACAUUACUGCGUUGGUUUUGUUUAUAUUGCCAUCACUUCAGGAGAGGAAGAAAUACAAUUUUCCAGUUGUUUUCCCAACAGAAUUAUCAUCUUCAUAAGCAGAAUCCUCAUAAUCUGGAUUGUCACUGGAAUGGCCACAAUCGGUUUGCUUUUUUUUAUCCCCUGUCUGCAGGAUUUUCAGGACACUGUAAAGAAAUCAGGUUGUCAAGGAGAUGCCUUGUCAUUGAGUUGUGAAUGUGCUACUGAUUGGCUAGCGCUCGCUAACCAAUGAAAUGCCUGAAUUCGGAGGAUCAUGAUGUGGUGUGGGUCAAAACUGCCAUUAUUAUUAUUAUUUUUUUUUUUUUUUUCUCAGAGUGAUGUAGAUUUAGUGUGCAUUAAGGAUGAAUGUUGUUCUGUGAUGAAACUUAUCAUUUGUCACUCCAACGUAAUGAUACUGUAAAUGUUUUUGUGUGUGUUAACUGUUUUGGAGGUGAGUACUUGAUGGAGUGAUGCAGUGUGGUGUGUUAACUGCAUGCUCACGUGGUGAUGGGGUUUACAUAUGAUUGGUUAUUUAGGAUUAUGAAAUGUUUUUAGCCACUUGAGAGCCAUGUGUCACUACCAUGUUAGCCUUUGUAAUCAUCAGUUAGAAAUGUACCUGCAUUUUUCUUUCUGAGGGUCACCUCCUUGGUAGAUCAGCAGUUAUGGAUCGAAUGAUGUCGACAUUUCUAAACGCAGUGUCUGCAUACCGCUGUGUUUUUAUACAAGCCGCGUGCCUCAGAAGCACCAGCGGCUACGAAUGGAUUGGAGUCCCAAAGGGCAUACAUUAUCGUCUGUCUGAAUUUGUUGAUAGAAUGGGGCUUUUUUUUCAAAUUCCUGCAUUGUAAGUGCUUGUCACACAGUGGUUAUCAUAUGAAUAUACUGAAUUAGCCUAAGUCUAAACUGCAAUUUCCAUCAAUUGCUGAUACACUUGAAAACGCAAAAGCAAUGGGAGAUAGGCAACACUCCUUGAACAAAGCAAGACCUGGAGUCAAACAUCCAUUCAGUGUUUGCUGGCCACCAGAUGGUCUCAGUGGUGUUAACACAAGGCAACACAUUGGGCUCUGUGGCUGUCUGAGGCUCCCAAAGGUUACCUCGCUGUACCUCUCGGCAAAAAGAAAACAGGUGUGAGGGUUUCCCCCUACAUGGGAAUCAACUUCCUGAAAUCACUGGCCCCUUACCUGAUUUUGUUUUUGCUAUUGCUACAUGAAAACAAGGCUUGUUUUUAACCAUAUUGAAAGGUAGAGGUUUAACGUUGAUAUCUGUGAGUUACUAAUUGCAAUAACAUGAAAUGCUUUAUUGAGAAAAGGACCUCCUCAGAAUGAGGGCUGUUGAGCGUGAAUGAUGGCGUGAAAGAGUAAGAAUGAGUGUUAGAAACGAUGAAAACAUAUGCCUGUAAAUGUCUAACAGUCCCCUAUUCCCUUUGGCAGGUGUAUAUACCUAUUUGUACUAUACCUUUUUCCUCUCUGAAGCAUGUUUAGACCUACAGUGAUUUCCCCUUGCCUGGCAAUCCUUCCACGAGAUCUCAGUCUUUCAGUCUCUUUCUUUCACUUUCUCCUUCGUACACUCCAGUUUUCCUUUCAGACACUUUAUCUAUGUUGUUUUAAAGCAGAGCGGGCAUGUGCUUUGUAAAACCGGCUCACUAAGUUGAAUAUUGAAGCCAUAGACAUGAGGUGUGCUGUGUUUUUCAGUUCCAUCUGUCACUACAAGCACCAGGAAACUUUCCACGGUCUGCCGUCACCUGCCUCCCUGUCUUUAACUCUUACAACGUCUACACUCUCGUCAAGGUCUCAUUGACAAAUGAGGGCUAUAACUGUUUGUCUCUAUCAUCUGGCACAUUUGUCUUUGUCUUUCUGCUUCUCCUUUUCAGACGGUUUUGCAUAUCUUCAUCUCUUUACCUUGACGUGAAUAAUUAUGUAAAAAUGACUUGUUUGGAUUAAUGAGAAAAUGGCGCCUUUACAUUUUUUGAAAAGCAUUAAACUUGAAUUAUGAGAAAUAA